AUCUACACUGAUCAUCAGGCACUGAUGAUCAGUGUAGCCCCAGCAGUGCCACCUGUCAGUGCUCAUCAAUGCCACAUAUCAGUGCCCAUCUGAGCUGCAGUGCCAGUCAGUGCCACCUUUCAGUGCUGCCAAUCAGUUCCGCCUAUCAGUGCCAGCCGUCAGUGCCACCUAUCAGUGCCAGUCAGUGCCGCCUAUCAGUGCUAUAUAUGAGUGCUGCCUUUCAGUGCCCAUCAGUGAUGCCUGUCAAUGCCCAUCAAUGCCAGCUACCAGUGCCUCCUCAUCAGUGCCACCUAUCAGUGCCUGUCAGUGCCCAUCACUGAAGCCUCAUUAGCGCACAUCAGUGUAGGAGAAAAAUCACUUAUUUACAAAAUUGUAUAA